AUGUUUGACUUGACCCUGGUAGACUGCUGGGCCAACCUUUACCGUUCGCUUGACGAUGUGAAAUCUUGGCACCACGACAACUACCAAGACUGGACGCCAAGGCCGACGGCGACAAUUGGAAUCAGCUUGGGAGCCACUCGUGCUCUCGCCUUCCAGAACGCGAAGACGAAGAGUGAGCAUUACGUGUGGCAAGAAAAUGGCGACGUGUUCGCGUUUGAUGAGCCGUUCAACAAUUUCUUCAAGCAUGCGGUUCCCGCAGCACCAGCUGGGCUUAGUGAAGCUUGGUUACUAACUAGACUUGCCUCAUCAACCAUCAAUCUGGGAAAACACGCCCGACUUAGGAAACAGCCUGGCAUGAGGGAGUGCAUUCCUUUGGAAGUGUCUUGGUCUACAUGGGAUACCUGCGGCUUUGGAAGCCUUUCCAGGCAAGACAGGCGGGGGGGUUUUCUGCGACAGACUAAAGCACAACAAUCUUGGUACAAAGCUGCCAAGUGGACAGAUGCCAGGAGCUUGUCAGAGCUUGAGGACUACAUUUACAAGCCGCUGGCCAAAGUGGUCUUGCAUGAGGGAUGCCAGUCAGGAGUAUCGUUCUACUCGCUACCGAAACGAACUGUGGUCGAUAGUGGAGUGCCACCAGCUCCAGCUCCACCACCAAGUAAACUGGAGCAACGUCCUGCAAGAGAGGACCCAGAACUGCUAUUGGCACGGCGGGCACUAACACUGCAGGGAGCACAACAAGUACUGGCGAUCCUCCGCGGAAAAAAGCUGAUUGAAAACCGUGCCUGGAGGAUCCCAGUGGGGUGGUAUGCAAUACAUGCCGGUGCACAGCAGAUCAACGAAGAGCGUGCUGAAAGGAUCAGAGCAGUUUGGCCCACGGCGCCUGCAGAGGAGACACUUCCUCACAGCGCAAUCCUGGGGCUGUUCUAUGUGCAGAGUCACACCACGCCACAGGCUUGCCCUUCAUAUGUGUGGGCGCGUGGGCCGAUAUGCCAUGUGAUUUCAAAAGCAGUCGAGCUACUCCGUCCUGUCCACUGUCGAGGUGGUAAAGGACUUUGGGAUCUUGAGGCUGGGACAUGCCUAAUAACAGGACGUGCAAAGGAAUGCAGGCCAGGUUCCCAAGACAAUCGAAUGGAUGACAUCCUUUAUUAUUGGGUUUGGGUGAAUAUGUGCUAA